UCCAAUCAACACGUUCAUAUUUUCCUCUUCAAAUAAAAUAUACUCGUUAAGAAGCUACUAGACAACCAUGCAACUCAGAAAAGUUGGAUUUUGAGUGCCUAUAAAUAGCAAGACUAACCUUAAGCUUGUCACUCACAAUCAUAAGCAUUUACUCUCUUGGCAAAGUGACACUUCCCUUACAAAUAUUGCAUAAACACAAGUACUUAUAAAUUACUAUUGUACUUGAUAUAUAAUAAGCCUUGCAUUGGGAAGUUUGGAAUUUAACAUAAUGGUGCAUUCCAAACUUUUAGGAGUUGCAUUAGUGAUAUUACUCUUUGUUGAUCUUGCUUUUGGUGCAAGAUUCUAUGGUAUGCGAGGAGGCGGUGGCGGUGGCGGUGGUGGAGCAGGAGGUGGUGGUGGUGGAGGGUCAGCAUUGGGAGCAGGGUCAGGUUAUGGUUCAGGGUAUGGCUCUGGGGAAGGCUCAGGAUAUGGUGAGGCAGAUGAUGUGUUUGGGAGUGGCGGAGGCGGUGGAGGUGGCAGGGGUGGUGGUGGUGGCGGCGGUGGUGGAAACUCAGGAUGGGGUAGUGGCUCUGGAUAUGGCUCAGGCUCAGGGUAUGGAUCAGGUGGAGGAAUAGGAAGGGGUGGUGGUGGUGGAGGCGGUGGUGGCCAAGGUGGUGGUGGUGGAGGUGGCUCAGGAAAUGGUUCAGGAUAUGGUUCGGGUUAUGGAAGUGGAAGUGGUUCCGGUUAUGGAAGUGGUGGUGGAAGAGGCGGAGGAGGUGGCGGUGGUGGUGGUGGCGGCGGCGGUGGAGGAGGUGGUGGCGGUAAUGGUGGCAAUGGUUCGGGAUAUGGUAGUGGCUCCGGCUAUGGAUCAGGAUAUGGAGGAGGGAAUGGAGGCUACGGAGAGGAUGAACCUUGAAGUACUAGAUGAAGUUAAUUAAUUAAUUUACACAUAAUUACCACCUUUCGCAUAUGAAUUUGGAAAGUUUGUGAAAUAAAAUGCAUUGUUUCACUUACCUUAUUUACGUGGUUAGUGAACUUUGCAUGCGUGCAUGUAAUGAAUUUUUCACUUUACGUGUUA